AUGGAAUUUCCUAGUCUUGGAAAAGAUGAUUUGAACAUACACCACAAUAGCCACACAGAAGUGAGGCCUUACGCAAAGUCUCCCGAGUGUGGGAAGAACUUUAGUUACGCAAAGUCACUCCAGAGAAAUCAAGGAAUUAGGAAUGGUGAUAGACCGUAUAGCUGCCCUUCCUGUGGGAAAUGCUUCAAUAAAAGAGAGUGUUUGAUGAAUCAUCAGCUGCUUCACACUGGAGAGAAAUGGCACGAGUGCCCUGAGUGUGAGAAAAGCUUCACCUCCAAAGAAGUACUGAAGAGGCACCAGAGGAUUCACACAGGCGAGAAACCCCAGAAAUGCCCUGAGUUCAUACUUCAGAGAAACCCUUCGAAUGCUCUCAGUGUGGGAAAUGCUUCAGUUGGAAAGAACCGUUACAGAACCGGAGAGAGACUGUAUGAAUGUUCUUACUGUCGAAAAUGUUUCCGACAGAGAGAACAUUUGAUGAACCAUCAGCAGCUUCAUACGGGAGGGAAACUCCAUCAAUGCUCUCAGUGUGGGAAAAUGUUUACUUUUAGAGAAGUGCUGAAAAGACACCAGAGAAUUCAAACCAGAGAAAAACCAUACAAAUGUUCUCAGUGUGGGAAGUGCUUCAAUCAGUGUGGUGAUCUGAAGCGCCACCGAAGGAUUCACACGGGAGAGAAACCGUAUGAAUGUCCUGACUGUGGGAAGAGCUUCAGCUGGAGAGAACACCUGAAGGAUCAUCAGAGGAUCCACACAGGGGAG